AGCUGUAGGCCAGGCCCUCCGUCUGAAAUGAGGGGCACCACAAAACUCACCCAGGGGGUCCUUUGGAGCCAGGCUGCUUCAGGGUAUGUGAGCCCAGGAUACCUACCUUUGUUCCCGGGUGCCAGGUACUAGAGUGCAGUGUGAAUUAGUUGGCCCUGGGGGAAGGUGCAAGAACAGCCAGAGACCCCAGGGCUGGGUGGAUGAAGGUGGCCACCCCCAUUAAGAUGAUGUCACAGGACCUUGCACAUCAGACCUCUGCCAACCCAGAGGGGUCACACUCCCCCUUCUCCCACCUCCAGUGCACUGACAGCUCCUGGAUUGGGUACCCUGCUUUAAGGAUUUGGAUCCAGUGCAGGGGGUUACAGCCAGCAGGGCCAUGCCCUAGUCCUACUUGUCACUGCCUCCAGAGGCAAGGGGAAACCACACAUCACAGGAAGAGUUCAGCUUCUGAACCCCAAGCUCAAUCCCUGUUGAUGUGGGGGUGAGGCAGAGUCCCAGUGCAGGCCUGUGGUGGACAGCUAGGCUUGAGUUCAGGCAUUGCAGGUGUUCAUUUUCUGAGCUCUUGCUGUGCACCUGGAAGGAGGUUAGGGAGGCCUGAUCACUGGGAACAAGAGGCUUGACCCAGCAGAACCUCAUCUCCCCAAGGGGUCAGUGAGUACUGCAGGAGGACCACCCAGUGAGGUCAGCAGAGCGUCUGAAGCUUUUCCAUUUGACUUGAAUGAAACACUUCCAGUGCCGGGAUUUCUGACUGUCUCCCAAAUGCCUAGAAUAUAGUAAGCAUGGAUGGAAGGGGAAGGAGGCAGUUCCCAGCCCUGGAAUGCCUGGGCUCUCUCGUCCAGCAAGGAGGUCCAUGGAACAGGAUAGAAUAGAGGGUGGCUGCAGAGUCGCUAAUCCAGACCUCCGGAGACCAAGCCGGCAGCAGGUCUGAUUUUAUUGCACAGUUACCAGGUACUCAGGCAGUGGCUAAGCAGAUGACAGGCAGCCACCCAUGCAAUUUCUGCCAACUAUUCUUGCAGCGACCAAUCUAGGAGUGGGCCACGGAGCAAGCACAGGGACUGCCACACAGGGCCUCACACCCAGGGCUGCGCCUAUGGGGUAAGUGGUCUGCUGCUCAACACCCUUAACGUAUGCCAUGUAUGCAGUACUCCAUAUACUUGUCCCCACACUGGAAAGAGAACUAGAUAAGCAGGACAAGCAGAAAGGAGACUGGCAUUUGUGCUCAAGAAGAGAGACCUGGGGGCCCUGAGGCCUGCAGCAGAGAGGGGGACAGGCCUGGUAAACAGGCCAGAAGGGCUGGGACUGUACACAAGACCAGAAGAGAAAACAAAUAGGAGGAAAAGAGCCAAGGGCGGGGCAGCCACUGUCAGUGCCUGGGCCAUCAUCUGGGGGAGGGGUGGACGGGCUGCUCUGAGGGCAGGAGGCCAAGGCCAGGAAACCCAGGGACAGAGGUGAGUGCCUUCCACAGCCACUUCUCCAAGGACAGAGCUGGUGCCAUGGGUAUCAGGCAGUGGCUGGCCUUUCUGCUGUUCUUGCUGCUACUGCUGUGGGGUCUGGAGCAGCCCAUAUGGCUACCGGCUGUGGCACUGACCCUGCGAUGGCUCCUGGGAGACCCUACCUGCUUCCUGCUGCUUGGCCUGGUGGUAUUGGCACAGCCCUGGAUCAGCUUCUGGAUGUCCCACUGGCUGAGCCUGGUGGCUGUGCUUCUGACCCUGAUUCUAUCGCCUGCACGGCCACCCCCAGGGCUACGCUGGCUGCCUGCAGAUAUGGCCUACUUGGCCAAGAUCCUCUACCUAGGAUGGAACAUCAGGACACAGUUGAGCCGACAGCCUCCCGACACCUUUGUGGAUGCCUUCGAGCGACAAGCAAGAGCACAACCUGGUCGGGUGUCCUUGGUGUGGACAGGGCACGGGGCCUGCUCGGUCACCAUUGGUGAGCUAGAUGCCCGGGCCUGCCAGGCAGCAUGGGCCCUUAAGAAUGAGCUGGGCAAACCCACAGGCCUGGGUGUCAGGAAGCCAGCUGCCCUCCUGGUACUGACUUCCCAGGCCAUUCCUGCUCUGACCGUGUGGCUGGGGCUGGCCAAACUGGGCUGCCCAGUGGCUUGGAUCAACCCACAUGUCCGGGGGACACCCCUGGUGCACUCUGUGCUGAGCUCUGGGGCACAGCUGCUGGUAGUGGACACAGAUCUUAAAGAGAACCUGGAAGAAGUCCUUCCUGAGCUGCAGGCUGAGAACAUCCGCUGCUUCUACCUCAGUCAUGUCUCCCCUACGCCAGGUGUGGGGGCUCUGGGGGCUGCCCUGGAGGCUGCUCCUUCUGACCCAGUGCCUGCUGACCUGCGUGCUGAGGUCACAUGGCAAAGCCCUGCCCUGUUCAUCUACACCUCAGGGACCACCGGGCUCCCAAAGCCAGCCAUCCUCUCACAUGAGCGUGUACUACAGAUGACCAAGAUGCUGCCCUUUUGUGGGGCCACUGCUGAUGAUGUGGUCUACAGUGUCCUGCCUUUGUACCAUGUGAUGGGGCUUGUUGUUGGGAUCCUCAGCUGCUUAGAGCUUGGAGCCACCUGUGUCCUGGCCCCCAAAUUUUCUGCCUCCCGCUUCUGGAAUGAUUGCCGGCAGCAUGGUGUGACAGUGAUCCUGUAUGUGGGCGAGAUCCUGCGGUACCUGUGUGGUGGUCCCCAGCGACCAGAGGACCAGACACAUACAGUCCGUCUUGCAAUGGGCAAUGGACUACGGGCAGAUGUGUGGGAAACCUUCCAGCAGCGUUUCGGUCCCAUUCGGAUUUGGGAAUUCUAUGGCUCCACGGAGGGCAACAUGGGCUUUGUGAACUAUCCGGGGCACUGUGGGGCUGUGGGCAAGACAAACUGCCUCCUGCGAGUACUGUCUCCCUUUGAGCUUGUGCAGUUUGACACAGAGGCAGCGGAACCUGUGAGGGACAAGCAGGGCUUCUGCAUCCCUGUGGAGCCAGGUAUGGAGGUAGUUUUCUCUGCUGUUGGAGGAGUGGACACCCUGGUGGACACUUGUAGUCUCCUCCUCCACCUCUGGGACAAGCGGCCCAAAGCCUUCAGAUCGGUGCCAACCGGGGGUGUCUGCAGCCCUCAUCUGAUCUCCCAGGCCCUGGGCUGUCUGACUACCACCUGGGGCCAGCCCCCUGCCUCAGUCUCUUGCUCUCACUAUGGGGUCUCCAGGUGUCUGAGUUGUUUUCCUGAGCUUUCUGCGGGGGUCACAGCCUCUCGGGCAUCAGUCCCCUGUCCUGUACCUCCUUGUCUUCUCUCCUGGGGCCUUGCCAGGACCUGGCCGUGUCGGUCUUCCCACCGCCAUUUUUUUCUUGCCCAUCCCUUGUCAUGCUUUUCCUGUUUCUCACGGGUUCCCCGAGGCCCCUGUACUUCGCGUCUGUCUGCCGGUGCCCGUCUCGCCGGGGUCUUUACCCCUGCUCUCCCUCCCCGGGUUUCUGUCUCCCCGCUGUUUGUGCCAGGUGAAGAGUCCACCACCCUGGGGAAACUGAGGCGGGGCUGGCGGCGGCCGAGGUCCUGCGUCCCUCUGUAUCCUCUCCUCCUCCUCCUGCAGGGGAGGCCGGUCUCUUGUUGACGCGGGUCCUCGGCCGCCACCCUUUUCUGGGCUACCGCGGGCCCCGAGAGCAGUCGAAGCGGAAACUGGUGUGGGACGUGCGGCGCCGGGGCGACCUU